CGAACCCCCAAACCCUAUAAGGACCCCACCAAAACCCCGCUGUCGCCCCGCAGAGGACAUCGAGGUGCUGUUCCGCGCCGAGGGCUGGGAGGCCAAGGGCAGCUUCGCGGCGGCCGACGUGCACCGGCAGGUGGCCAUCGUCUUCCGCACGCCGCCCUUCCGCGAGCGCGCGCUGCGCCAGCCCGUCACCGUGCGCAUGCAGCUGCAGCGCCCCUCCGACCGCCAGCGCUCCCCCCCCCUCGACUUCCGCUACCUCCCGCACCAGGGGGACCUGCAGUGCAUCGAGGAGAAGCGCAAGCGCACGCGGGAGACGUUCCGCGCCUUCGUCCAGCGGGCGCCGCUGCCAGGCCUGGAGCCCUCGGAGCCGCGGCCCCCCCGGCGCAUCGCCGUGCCCUCCCGGCCCCCCCAGGCCCCCCAGCCCCCCCCCAGCAUGGCUCUCCCCCCGCUGGGGGCCGCCCCCGCCCCCCUCUUCCCUUUCGGGGUGCCCCCCCCCGCCGCAGCCCCGGAGCCCCUGGCCGAGGCCCUGCUGCAGCUGCAGUUCGACGAGGGGGGGCCGGGCCCCCCCCCAGCCCCCGGCGCUGAAAUGGGGGGCGGGGGUGGCCCCGAUCCGGGGGGGGCGCCCCCCCCCCUGGAUUUAGGGGCGCUGCUGGACGACCCCCCCUUCGGCACCAUCGACGCCGCCGAGCUCCAGCGCCUGCUGGGCCCCCCCGAGCCCCCCCCCGGCACCGGCGCCGCCGCCGGGGGGGGGGGGUUCGGGGAGCUCCCCCCCCUCCCAGCGGGUUUCGGGGACCCCCCCUCCGUCGGGGGGGGCGCCCCCCCCGCCAUGCUGCUGUCCUACCCCGAAGCCAUCACCCGGCUGGUGCAGAGCCAGCCCCCCCCGGCCCCCCCCGGGGGGGGGCCCCCCCCCCGGAUCGCCCCCCCCCCCCCGGAUUUGGGGGGCCCCCCCCCGCCCGCCGAGGACUCGCUGCCCUCCCUGGGGGACCUGGACUUCAGCGCCUUCCUCAGCCAGUUCCCGUCCACCUAACUGGGAGGCACUGGGAGGGACUGGGAGGGCAAGGGGGGGGGUUGGGGAGCAGCUGGGGGGGGUGAAGGGCGGCCGGGGGCAACUGGGAGUCACUGGGAGCAACUGGGAGGGGGUUAAAGGGCUGCUGGGGGGGCUUAAAGGGCUGCUGGGAGCAACUGGGGGGGCUUGACUGGUUACUGGGAGCAACUGGGGGGGGCUUAAAGUGUUACUGGGAGGGACUGGAGCAGCUUCAAGGGCUACUGGGAGGAACUGGGGGGCUUAAAGGGCUACUGGGAGCUACUGGAGGGACUUAGAGGGAUACUGGGAGCAACUGGGAUGGGGGUUAAAGUGUUACUGGGAGCAACUGGGGGUGCUUAGAGGGCUACUUGGAGCAACUGGGAGAAGGUUGAAGGGCUACUGGGAGCUACUGGGGGGCCUCGACUGCUGGGAGUCACUGGGAGGAACUGGGGGGGCUUGACAGGUUACUGGGAGCAACUGGGGGGGCUUAAAGUGUUACUGGGAGGGACUGGAGCAGCUUCAAGGGCUACUGGGGGCAACUGGGAGGGGGCUAGAGGGCAACUGGGAGCUGCUGGGGGUAACUGGGGGCUGCUGGGGGUAACUGGGAGCUACUGGGCCUGACUGGGCUGGAACUGGGAGCUACUGAGAGGCCACUGGGGCUCACUGGGAGAGCCCCGGGGGGGGGGCCGCCCCUUCCCCCGCGCGAGCACGGCCCCUCCCCUCUCUAAAAAGUGCCUUAGGGCGGGGGGGGGGACCCCAAAACCCCCCCGGGCCCCCCCCCGCCCCUUUUUAACCCCUCCCCUCCCCGAAAUAAACGGCCCAAUGCCA